AUCCCCCUACUCUUCCUUUACCCACCAGAUCUGGUUUCCUACCUGAGAUCGAUCUGCUCUCUCUCUCUCUCCCUCGCUCGGAGUGGAGGAGAAGGAAGCCCUUCUGCUCUCCCGGUUCCUUGGUUUUGCUGCUUACUGUUUAAGACGGGAGAGGGACUGAGUGAUUUCGUCAAAGAGGAUACCACAAGAAAGAGUUCUAGUGUUCUCUUCAAAGAAAGAACCGGCUUUUAGAAGAAGAGCAAGAAAGAAAAGCGAGGACAUGGGGAAGAAGGCGAAGUGGUUUGGUGCCGUGAAGAAGGUCUUCAGCCCCGAGUCCAAGGAGAAGAAAGAAGAGAGAUUGAAGAAGAAGCUGGAAGAUGGGACAUCCAAACAUCCGGAUCCCUGUCCUGCCGACUCCUUAGAAUGCACUGCUCGUGAGGCAGUUCCUCCUCCGCCUCUGCCUCAUCCGGAUGAGGACAAAGUAGUGGAGAUUGAGACCGAGCAGAGCAAGCAUGCCUGUUCUGUAGCCACUCCUGCUGCCGUGGAACCUGUUGUCACCUCUGCUGAGGCCGCAAGGGAGGUCAUUAGCCUCACAACUCGCACAAAGUUCCCCGGUAAAUCGAGAGAAGAGAUUGCUGCAAUCAAGAUCCAGACUGCUUUCCGAGGCCAUCUGGCAAGGAGAGCUCUACGAGCCUUGAGAGGAUUGGUUAGGUUGAAGUCACUAAUUGAUGGUAAUUCUGUUAAGCGCCAAGCCACUUCCACUUUGCGAUGCAUGCAAACACUGUCAAGGGUUCAAUCACAAAUCCGUGCAAGGAGAAUCAGGAUGCUAGAAGACAACCAGGCACUUCAGAAGCAAAUGCUGCUUAAACAUGAAAGGGAGCUUGAAAGUUUGAAGAUGGGAGAAGAAUGGGAUGACAGCUUGCAAACAAAGGAGCAAAUAGAAGCAGGUUUGUUGAGCAAGCAAGAGGCUGCAAUACGAAGAGAAAGAGCACUGGCUUACGCAUUUUCUCAUCAGUGGAAAAGCUCCUCAAAGUCAGUAAAUCCGAUGUUUAUGGAUCCCAACAACCUACAAUGGGGUUGGAGCUGGCUGGAGCGAUGGAUGGCAGCGAGGCCAUGGGAAACCAGGAGCACAACAGAUAGAGAACUCAACAAUGACCGAGCCUCUGUAAAAAGCACCAUGCAGAGUGAUGGAGGUGGGGAGAUCUUAAAAGCCUAUGCUAACCGGGGUAGCAAUCCAGAGAAGCCCUCUCCUGCGGUCCAGAAACUAAGCCGCCCUGCCAGCCGCCAAUCUCCAUCAACACCACCCAACAAGGCCCCUUGGUCAAUGGGGAAGAUCAAAUCAGCAAGCCCCAAAUGCAGUUGGGUGCCAUUGGAAGACGACUCAAGGAGCAUUGUCAGCGUGCAAUCGGAGCGAUCUAGGAGGCACAGCUUGGCAACAGCAUCAGUGAGAGAUGACGAGAGCCUAGCUGGUUCAGCAUCUGUUCCGAGCUACAUGGCACCCACGGAAUCAGCAAGAGCCAAGUCCCGCUUCCAGAGCCUUUCAAACGAUAACAACAUCGACUCUCCAGAUAAAACUUCUGUGAGUUCUGUGAAGAAGAGGUUGUCUUUCCCCACAGGAGAUAAAUUUAGUCCAGCAUCUCCAGCUCCUAUGAGGCGGAACUCAGGUCCCCCCAAGGUGGACAUGGCAUCUGUGAAGGAUGUAGCGGUCCAAUCCUGAGCACAACAGAAUCACCAGAGAAAUCCGGCAGCUCAUCAAAACUUUGUUGAAGAUAGCUACAAUAUUGGUGGAGGGCCUAUUGUUAUGUCAAUCUAUCUACGAUUAUCAUUUAUUUUAAGUGAAUGUAGUUGGUGACAACUUAAUUUACAUGGAUUGGUUUAUUUACAUGAAUUCUUAUUUCAGUGAACCAGAAUUAUGCUGAA